AUGUCGUACCGAGUUGAGACCGCCUCUUCUAACCGCGCUGUAUGCGUUGCUACUGAGUGCAAAAAGGCUAAGAUCAAAAUCAACAAAGGUGAUCUUCGGUUUGGGGUUUGGGUCACUUUUCAAGACACGGCAAGCUGGAAAUGGAAACAUUGGGGAUGUGUUACAGGAGCUCAGAUUAAGGGCGUCAGAGAAGUACUUGAAGACCCCGAGCAUCCUGGUGUUUAUCGCUGGGAUUUCUUGGACGGCUACGAAGGCGAUGAAAAGAACAGUCUUAGCCACUUCCCAGAUCUUCAACAGAAAGUCCGCGAAGUCGUUGAGCAGGGACAUAUUCAUCCAGAGGAUUUCAAUGGGGACCCAGAAAUGAAUAAGCUUGGUGAAAAGGGCCUGCACACAAAAGCCACCAUGAAGAAAUUCCGAGAUGCCGCAAAAGGUCGAGCAGAGGAGGUCGGCGAGAUGACCGAAAAGCUUGCUAGUCUUGAAGCGGAGAAAGAGCUCCUUCGUCAAGGGGGCACUGUUCGAUCAGGAUUGAGCCCUGAGAUACAAAGCCUCAAAGACGAGAUUGAAGGAAUUACGGAAUUCAAGAACAAGACUUCAGUGACCCACAUUAGACCAGAGGGCGACGAGGAAGAGGAAGUUAAGCCUGCCAAGAAAAAGCGAGCUACCAAAGCCAAGGUCAAAAAAGAAGCGGAUGACGGGGAGGAGGAAGCCAAACCUGUAAAAAGAAAACGAGCGGCUAAAUCCAAAGUCAAGGAUGAAACCGAUGACGAAGAAGAUGGAGAAAUCAUGCCAGCGAAGAAACAGCGAGGAAAGAAAGAAGUUGUUAAGAAGGAAGCGAGCGAAGACGAAAAGGAAAGCAAAACCACCGCGAAACAGCAAGCGCCGACCAAGGGCAAAGUUAAGAAAGAAAUCGUUGAAGCUGAGGUCCCAAAGGCAGCGCCAUCCACCAGGAAAUCUCGAGUGAAGAAGGAGAUUAAGAGCGAGGCAAACGGCGAUGAGCAGAUGGUUGAUACCAUUGAGAGUGAAGCGCAGCCACCAUCAGCUGCAAUUAAGAAACCUAGGGGAAAAGCGGCAAUAAAGAAGGAGGAAGAGGCUCAAGUUGCAAAGGACGAAGAGGAAUCGGAUACUCUAGCUGUCGCUGCUGUUCCUAAGAGACGUACAUCUCGCAGCAAGAAAAUGAUCCAGGCCGAAGCAGAAGUGGAGUCUGAGACCGGGAACGUUAAAAAGGCAUCCCAAGCAAAAGGAAACACGAAGAAAGGACACAAAAGUGCCGCUAAAAAUGAUUUAUCUGAAGGUAGUGAUGUCGAUAUGAAUGACAUCCCAGAGGCUUCAGCAGACAUGAAGAACGGAGGUCUCUCUUCUGCGCAAGAGCCCGUGGUUACCGCAAAUGAGGAAGAUGCUUCUACAUCUGUUCCGGCGCCCAAGACAGGACGACGUUCCAAGAGUAACCAAACAACUACAUCAUCGGGACGUGUUUCUCGAGGACGCAGAGCAUCGGGAACUUGA